AAUGAUAGAAAAGAGCUUCAACAAUUUGUUCAAAUUCAUAAAUAACAUUUUGCUUUCAUGUCCUCCAUUAUUUUAUUUCACCCGAUUGGUAUAUGGAUUAGUUAUGGCCGCUUUGCUUAUUGUUCCAAUUUCAGUUUUCAUUUCGGGAUUUAAGCAGACGUUCUUUGGACUGAACCCAAAAAGGUCUCGACCGAAGACGAAGUACGACUUGGAUUCGAACUCGGGAAUUGAGGAGUCGGGAUUCGUGACUUCGGACGGAGUUGAUAUACACUUUGUUUCAAAGGGAAACCCGAACGGCGAAGUCAUUUUGUUCCUUCACGGGUUCCCAGAAUGCUGGUAUUCCUGGAAACACCAAAUCGAUUUCUUCUCCGAUAAAGGUUACCGAGUUGUUGCUAUGAGUCUUCGUGGAUACGCUGAGAGCGGAAAACCAAAAGGAGUCGAAAGUUACGAGCAAACCAAACUAGCAAACGAUGUCAAAGAGCUAAUCGAGUAUUUGAGAUGCGGGAAAGUGAUUCUUGUCGGCCAUGAUUGGGGUGGUGUUAUAUCGUGGACAUUUUCUGCUAUGCAUUCUGAAUUUAUAACAAAACUGAUCAUUCUAAAUGCGCCGAUUUCGAAAAUUUACCUGAAGUUACAGAAAGAAAAUAUCAAACAGUUUCUAGGAUCUUUUUAUAUAUACUUCUUCCGUGUGCCUUAUUUACCAGAAUUAGCUUUGAAGUUGGGCGAUUAUGCGUUUCUCGAAAUGUGUUGUUUCGAACUAUUGCAAAAGGGAAAAAUCACCCGAAAUGCAGUUGAUUUGGUGAAAUAUUAUGCCGCUCAGGACAAUGCUUUGACUGCUAUGAUUAAUUAUUACCGAGCAAUGGUUUCAAAAGGAAAUCUACAAUUGCUGAAAAAACUUCCUAAAAUUACGGUUCCAACUUUAGUGAUUUGGGGCGAAAAAGACGCGGCGUUGGUUGUUGAGAACUUGAAAGGUAUGAACACCUUUGUAGAUGACCUUCAGGUGUCUAGACUACCUGGGGUGAGUCAUUGGGUUCAACAGGAGGACCCAGAAACUGUCAAUCAAGAGAUAAUCGGCUUCAUAUCAUAACAAACUUGAACUUGAACACCCUGAUAAAAUCAUAAACUUCAAAAUCUUUCCACUUUCCUAGGGUAUA